UACAAGCCAUGUGACAUGUCUGCAUCAAUCACAAGCGAAUGCGAUGCGAGUGAGGCAAUUUACGCCAUAUGCGUACGAGAGCAUCCAGAAAAACUGCCAGUGUCGUACAACCAGGAAGAAGGUGGGAUAGCACUAACAGAGCUAACAUCCCAAAUCUGCAAACUUUCCCAGAAAAUGAUGGGGUCUUCCAGGUGGAAGAUUGCAGUGGUGGUCUUUCUCUCGGUUGCCGAGAUGUUAAUGCCGAUUCUGGCAGAUGAACACGAACACACGUACACAGAUAAAGAGGAGGUGGUUUUGUGGAUGAAUACAGUGGGGCCUUACCACAACAGACAAGAAACGUACAAGUACUUCUCCCUGCCCUUCUGCGUGGGCACCAAAAAGACCAUUAGCCACUACCAUGAGACAUUAGGAGAGGCUCUGCAAGGAGUCGAGCUGGAGUUCAGCGGCCUAGACAUUAAGUUCAAAGAUGAAGUCAUGCAAACAACAUACUGUGAAAUCGAGCUGGACAAAGCCAAACGGGAUGCCUUUGUAUAUGCCAUUAAAAACCACUAUUGGUACCAAAUGUACAUUGAUGACCUCCCUAUCUGGGGAAUUGUUGGCGAGGCAGAUGAAAACGGAGAGGAUCAUUAUCUGUGGACUUACAAGAAAUUGGAGAUCGGCUUCAAUGGCAACCGAAUUGUUGAUGUCAACCUGACAAGUGAAGGCAAAGUCAAGCUUGUGCCUAACACACGAAUUGCAAUGUCGUACUCAGUAAAGUGGAAGAAGUCAGAUGUGAAGUUUGAAGACCGAUUUGACAAGUAUCUCGAUCCAUCUUUUUUCCAACACAGAAUUCACUGGUUUUCCAUCUUCAAUUCCUUCAUGAUGGUUAUCUUCUUGGUUGGCCUGGUGUCCAUGAUCCUGAUGAGAACUCUAAGGAAGGACUAUGCUAGAUACAGCAAAGAGGAGGAAAUGGAUGACAUGGACAGGGACCUGGGGGAUGAGUAUGGGUGGAAGCAGGUCCAUGGAGACGUGUUCCGGCCAUCCAGCCACCCAAUGAUCUUCUCCUCUCUUAUUGGCUCUGGAUGCCAGAUCUUCUCGGUCUCGUUCAUCGUCAUCGUCGUGGCCAUGAUUGAGGAUCUGUACACCGAGAGAGGAUCCAUGCUGAGCACAGCCAUCUUUGUGUAUGCUGCCACCUCUCCUGUCAAUGGCUAUUUUGGCGGAAGUUUGUAUGCAAAACAAGGAGGCAGACGAUGGAUUAAACAGAUGUUUAUCGGGGCCUUCCUGAUCCCUGCCAUGGUGUGUGGGACAGCCUUCUUCAUCAACUUCAUCGCCAUGUACUACCAUGCCUCCCGAGCCAUCCCUUUUGGCACAAUGGUGGCUGUUUGCUGCAUUUGUUUGUUUGUUAUCCUGCCACUCAACCUUGUGGGGACCAUUCUGGGAAGAAACCUCUCUGGCCAGCCCAACUUUCCGUGUCGAGUCAAUGCAGUGCCGCGGCCAAUCCCUGAGAAGAAAUGGUUCAUGGAGCCAGCUGUCAUUGUUUGUCUGGGAGGCAUCCUUCCAUUCGGUUCCAUUUUCAUUGAAAUGUACUUCAUUUUCACUUCAUUUUGGGCCUACAAGAUCUACUACGUGUACGGGUUCAUGAUGCUGGUCCUGGUUAUCCUCUGCAUUGUCACUGUGUGUGUCACCAUUGUUUGUACUUACUUCCUCCUCAAUGCUGAGGACUACAGAUGGCAAUGGACAAGCUUUCUCUCUGCUGCAUCCACUGCGGUUUAUGUUUACAUGUACUCCUUUUACUACUAUUUCUUCAAAACAAAGAUGUAUGGUCUGUUCCAGACGUCCUUUUACUUUGGCUACAUGGCAGUAUUCAGUACGUCUCUGGGAAUCAUGUGUGGAGCCGUUGGGUAUGUGGGAACAAGUGCCUUCGUGAGGAAGAUCUACACAAAUGUGAAAAUUGACUAGGACAGUCGCAAGCAGCAAGGGAUCCAAGGAUCAGCUGAAGCUCUCCAACAGAAGCGGGCACAAGUCGUUUCUUUUGCAAAAAGAGAUUGUGGCAUCUCCAAUUUGUACAAAUGUAGUUUUUCCCUUUUCUGAAUUAAUUUCAAUGUUGCAAAAGAGUGUACUAGAGCAAAAAACUGCAGGAAAAAGAAAACAUUAACAUCAGUUCUGUUUUUAUCAAUUCCUUUCAAUCAAUGUUCUGAAGCAGCUGUUCAAAAUGUAACAUGGCUUCCCCUUUCCAAUCCAGUCCCACCCGUCACCAGAGAACAUAAAGAUCUUUAUUGAUGGAAUAGUCUAGCUCUCUUCAGUGAAGAGGCCAUAUUGAAAGCCUUUGUUCUAUUGUAUUAGAAUAUUGAAGAGUUGGGUUUGUUCAUGCUCUGACCUAAUUCUAUGUUGUAUUCCUGAGUCACUCUGGAUGAAAUAUUAUUUUAUUCUGGCUUCUACAUUCAAUUUUUACCAGCUACACUAGACAAUUUUUACAUACAAUAACUGGAUGUUAUACUAACUUAUCUGAGUUGGCGCCAUUCCCAUAUUUGGACAAUUCUAAUUUCCAAAUGCAGUAGUUUUACAACCAGCCACCCAAGAAAUUUGUUUGCUGUACAUAUGGAGAAGAAAAAAAACAUUCAGGAAAGGAAGGUGUGAUCAACAGUUGGUUUUGAGUCGCAUUAUAAAUGACAUAUUGUUUUAAAUGGAUGUUUGCUGUGAUCCAAUUUCCUGUUUAGGCUAUGUUUUCUUAAUGGUAGGGUUUGAAUGAAGACUACUUGUGAAAGAUGAUAUGGAUAGGGGGAAAAGUGUAUAUAACCGUAAUGUAACUUUAGAUGUAGAUCCCAAAUGUAUUUUGGUUGUACAGAUUUACAAGUUUUUAUUAUAUAUUUUUUUUUUUACAAAUGAUUCAGUUAUAAGCAAAAAUAUAUUUAGUUCUCUCUUUCGUUUGGUGCUUGGGGUGGCGCUGUUACAUCUUGCCUGAAAUUGCAUGACGUUUCCAUCAAACCAUAUGCUCAUCAAAUUCUGCUUUUUUAAUUUUUUUUGUUGGCAGUUUCUCACUUUCCCUGGUUGUAGCAAUAAUAAAAAAAGUUGGUCGCUGACUUUGUGCUGGCUGCUUGCAGAAAGGAA